CACAGAGAAGAGAGAAAACGUACUGUGAGCCAGCCAUGGCUUCCAAGAAGAUUGCCACCAUGACUUCCCUUGCGACCUUCCUCGUAGCGCUGCUGCUGCUCUCAUGCGGCGGCAAGGGCGUUGACGCGGCGCGGCGCCUGGAGGAGGCGCCGCUUGAUGUCCCGAAGCCCGAUCUGCCGGCGCCGCUUCCCGAGCCUGGCGUGCUUCCCAAGCCCGAUCUGCCGGCGCCGUUGCCUGAACCUGACGUGCCGCCCAAGCCGGAGCUGCCGCCGCCGUUGCCCACGCCUGACGUGCCGCCGAAGCCGGAGCUGCCUCCGCCGUUGCCCACGCCUGACGUGCCGCCGAAGCCGGAGCUGCCUCCGCCGUUGCCCACGCCUGACGUGCCCCCCAAGCCGGAGCUGCCUCCGCCGUUGCCCACGCCUGACGUGCCGCCGAAGCCGGAGCUGCCUCCGCCGUUGCCCACGCCUGACGUGCCCCCCAAGCCGGAGCUGCCUCCGCCGUUGCCCACGCCUGACGUGCCUCCCAAGCCGGAGCUGCCUCCGCCGUUGCCCACGCCUGACGUGCAGCCCAAGCCGGAGCUGCCUCCGCCGUUGCCCACGCCUGACGUGCCGCCCAAGCCGGAGCUUCCGCCGCCGUUGCCCACGCCUGAUGUGCCGCCCAAGCCGGAGUUGCCGCCGCCAUUGCCCACGCCCGACGUGCUGCCGCCACCAUUGCCCACGCCUGAUGUGCUGCCGAAGCCAGAGCUGCUGCCUCCGUUGCCCGCACCAGAGGUGCUGCCUAAGCCAGAGCUGCCACCGAAGACAGAGGAGCCGCCGAAACCGGAGCAGCCACCGCUCCCCACCGGUGAUCUUCCACCAAAGCCGGAGCCCGAGCUGCCACCGAAGCCAGAGCUGCCGCCGCUCCCGACGACCGGUGAGCUUCCACCGAAGCCUGAACUACCCAAGGUGGAGCUGCCGGCCGUUCCUGAUGCGCGCGUCCCGGAGCCCGUGGAGCCAAAACCGUGAUACGUUUGGGUGUUGAUACGUGUGUGCAUGCAUUGUCCAUGACGAGUCGACGAGCGCUGCAUUUCGUUGACAUCGAUCCAUGAUCUGUUUUUAUCGUCUGUACCUGUUCAAAUUGUUGUAUACCUUAGCUCACACAUAUUGUUUCGAGAUUGAAUGUUUAUAAUCAUAUAUGUCUAAUAAUGGAUUUUAGAUCUUUCAUCUGUA